AGAAAAAGAAGGAACCUGCGAUCGGAGAGAGAUUGAGAUUUUGGAGAGAGAAAGAGGAAAGACGAAAGGGGCAAAGGGGAGAUUUGAGGCUCUGUUACACGCAUUUGAUCUACUGUUCUAGAGAGAGCAGGAAAGGGAGACACAGUUGUGGAGGAAGAAACGAAUCUGUGAUUCGCCGGGAACCGUGAUCGUUGCCGGAUUUCGAUUAACUGUCGAUCGAAUUUGCAGGCGAAGAUGGUGAAUUCUAUGGUUGAACGAGCCACGAGCGACAUGUUGAUCGGUCCAGAUUGGGCGAUGAACAUCGAGAUCUGUGAUAUGCUUAAUCACGACCCUGGGCAAGCAAAGGAUGUGGUCAAAGGCAUAAAAAAGCGCAUUGGAAGUAAGAAUCCAAAAGUUCAACUUCUUGCACUGACGCUAUUGGAGACAGUCGUAAAAAACUGUGGAGAUAUUGUCCAUAUGCAUGUAGCAGAGAGAGAUAUUCUUCAUGAGAUGGUGAAAAUAGUAAAGAAAAAGCCUGAUUUGCAUGUCAGAGAGAAGAUAUUGAUUCUGAUAGAUACUUGGCAAGAAGCUUUUGGAGGACCAAGGGCAAGAUAUCCACAAUACUAUGCUGCAUACCAGGAGUUGCUGCGUGCUGGGGCAGUAUUCCCUCAGAGGUCUGAGAGGACAGCACCUGUAUUUACCCCUCCACAAACGCAGCCUCUGACAUCAUUUCCUCAAAAUCUUCGUAAUCCAGAGUAUCGGCAAGAAGGAGCUGAGUCUUCUACCGAGUCUGAGUUUCCUACCUUGAGUUUGACAGAAAUUCAGAAUGCACGAGGUAUUAUGGAUGUCCUUGCAGAAAUGCUGAGUGCAUUAGAUCCAGGAAACAAAGAGGGGCUCAGGCAGGAGGUUAUCAUGGACUUGGUAGAUCAGUGUCGGACAUACAAGCAAAGAGUGGUCCACCUUGUCAACUCAACUGCGGAUGAAUCGCUUCUAUGUCAAGGACUGGCACUGAAUGAUGACUUGCAGCGGUUACUAGCCAAACACGAAGCUAUUGCUUCAGGAACUCCUGUUCCAAAAGAGAAACCCAAGACUGAACCUGUUCAAGCCCUUGUUGAAGUUGAUAAUCCUCUAGUUGAUACAGGAGAUAGCAACAAAAAGCCAGAUGGCGGAUCCACCUCAAGUGCUGGUGCAGGAACUCAACAAGUUCAGUUAUUGCUUCCUGCCCCUCCUACAACUAAUGGCCCAGCAGCAACUCCAGCAAUCAACCCUAAAAUGGACCUGCUGAGUGGUGAUGAUUAUAACUCACCAAAGGCAGAUAAUUCAUUGGCCCUUGUUCCUGUGGGAGAAGCACAGUCAAGCAGCCCUCUUUCUCAGCAAAAAGCCCUUGUUCUUGUGGACAUGCUUUCUUCAAGUAAUAACACCCCAAAUAAUUUCAAUGCUCAACCAGGAUAUCCUGCCGGGCAAUCCCCUUUGACCCCACAAUUCCAACAACAGCAGAAUGUUCAACCUCCACAAUCCACAUUUUAUCCAAAUGGAAGUGCCCCAAGCAUGGGGUUACCUCAAUACGAGCAGUCACUUGCCUGGAACGGCCAGAUCGCCCAGCAGCAGCAGCCACAGUCUCCAGUCUAUGGCCAGAUUGGACAGCAGCAGCAGCCCCCACAGUCUCCAGUCUAUGGUCAGAUCUCCCAGCAGCAGCCACCAUCCCCUGUCUAUGGUGCUCAAAGUGGCAGCUCGCUACCACCCCCACCCUGGGAAGCUCAGUCAACUGAUAAUAGCCAAUUAGCGGGCGCCCAAUACCCUCAACCUAUGCAAGUUCCCCAGGGCUUUGCUACACAUGCACAGCCGAUGCCAGGUGGCAUGUAUCCUCAAGGCCCUCAACCAAUGGGAAAUGAUCAAGCUGCAGUUAUGUAUAGCCAACCAAUUGCAAGUGGUCAUCUCCCGGGAAUUAAUACACAGGCUAUUCCAAACAAUCAGUUCAUGGGUUUGCAUUCUCAACCAAUCCAAGUAGCGCAGAUGGGUAUGCUUCCACACCCAAUGCAAGCUGGACCAAUGUCUUCUAUGUAUCCUCAACAAAUGUAUAGCAACCAUAUGGCAGGCUAUGGAUACGGAUACGGUCAGCAGCAAAAUACUCAGUUCCUUGAGCACAGAAUGCACGGACUCGCUGUUAGAGAUGACAUUGGUUUGAGGAACUCGUGGAACCAGGCUUCCACUUCAUCCUAUGUACCACCUAUGAAGCCUCAAAAGCCAGAGGAUAAGCUAUUUGGAGACCUUGUUAACAUGGCAAAAGUGAAGCAGGCAAAACCUACAUCUGGCCGAUCUGAUAGCAUGUGAAACAACAGCUGGAUAUUGCAUUUCUCCCCUUAUUUUUUGUUUGCUAACUCAUCCUUUUUUCUUUUUCUUUUUCCCUUAUUUAAUUUUUUUUUACAUAUAUAUAUUCUUCACUUUUGGCACCAUAUUUGUGUUGCUUUGUUUGUUAUUUGGAAUUAUGUAUAUUUCUUGUAGAGAAAAAGACACAAAUUGAAAGACUUUUGGGUUAGGGUAAUUUUUGUGGAAUUGGAGUUCUUUUAAUCAGAAUCCUUUGGUCACUUUAGUUUUGA